AUGGACACCGCCGCUCACUUAGAGACACCAAAAUCGACAGUAUCUUCUACCCCCUCAACCGUGUCACUCAAACGCAAGCGAACCACCAGCACCAGCGCCCAAGAUGCCUGCGUCAUCUGCCUCUCCCCCGUCUCCGAGCGCGCCAUCACAGUCCCCUGCAACCAUACGGCCUUCGACUUCCUCUGUCUAGCGAGCUGGCUACAAUCGCACCCUCGCUGCCCUCUCUGCAAUGCCCAGGUCACCGCCGUGCAGUAUGAUUGGUGUGGACCGGACGACUACAAGACCUACGUUGUCGAAACACCUGCGCUGACGCAGAAAGCGGCUUCCGCACCUCCGCAUCCACGCAGCGGCAGUGGUGCGGGCUACGGAGCUGGUACCAGCACGCCACGCAGGCCUCGCCGGUCCCGCAACAACGAAGCUCCCGUCACGCCCGACGCUGCGCUCCUCCGCCGGCGCGCUGUGUACAGGAACAAGCUCUACUCCCUGCACGUCGGCAGCAACCGGCACUCGCGCUACCGGGACUUCACUGCCGCGAGCUUCGCCGCAGAUGCGAAUCUCCAGAGCCGGGCGCGUGCCUUCCUCCGGCGCGAGCUGAGGGUGUUUGAGUUUCUGGAUCCGCUGGCGGCGGCGCCAACGCCUGAACCAUCGACAUCCUCGGCUGCACCUUCAUGCGGAAAUACUCCCAGCCGCACCAUGACACCUACUGCCACGACAACAAGGCGCGCGAACAAUGCAGAGUUCCUCCUCGAAUACAUCGUCGCCAUCCUCAAAACCUCGGCCCCGAAAGGCGGCCACGCGGAAGAGCUACUCCAGGAGUUCCUCGGCAGAGAAAACGCGCGGCUGUUUUUGCAUGAGCUGGAAGCGUGGCUUAGGAGUCCGUUCAGGAGACUCGAGGACUGGGAUCGCCAUGUGCAAUAUACUGGCGCUGUUCCAUAUGAGGUGCUUCGGGAGGGCGGGAAAGGGGCUUCUGGAGGCCGGAGGGGCCAUGGUGGUGAAGAGUACCGGGGUUGGAGAAGGACGCAUUGGGAGCCAGAAUGA